GGCUUCCUGUACUACCAAGGCGCUGCCCUUGCGCGUACUACUAUCGCACCAAACGAACGAACGACUUCAAAGCGUGUGGACUGUGAUUUUUAAUAUAUUAUAAUUUAAUUAUAAUUAAAAAGAACACUUAAAUACAGUUUUUAAAAAUGGGUGUCAUCGAACAGGAGAUAUCGGCGCCUAAGCCUGAGAGAAUUAUCGGGAUGCGUCACAUCGUAGUGUUCCUCCUUUUCUUGGCAACGACAAUCUCCUACGCUACAAGGGUUAGCAUGAGUGUGACCAUCCUUGGAAUGACUAAACCCAAUCAAUACGGUUUUCCUGUCUUCGACUGGAGUCAAAGUAUCAGGGAUAUGAUACUCUCGUCCUUCUUCUGGGGAUACAUAAUGCUGCAGAUACCAGCUGGAAUGCUGACCGGACGUUUCGGUGGCAGGCUGCUUAUCUUCGUUUCUAUGGCUGCGACCGGGCUCCUUAACCUUAUCGUACCAUUUACUGCGGAUGUGGGAGAUUGGAAGGCAGUAAUCGGGUGCAGAAUAGCUAUGGGAUUAUUUCAGGGUUUGCUGUACCCAAGUCUACACGGUCUGUUAGGUCAAUGGGCACCGAUCACAGAAAGAAGUCGAAUGGGCACUAUCGUAUAUUCAGGUGCAAUAUUGGGUACGAUUAUCGAAAUGACGAUUGCUGGAGUGUUAUCUGAAAGUCAGUGGGGCUGGCCUUCAGUGUUCUAUGUCGCCGGGGUGACCUGUCUGGGCUGGUCCAUUCUCUGGUUCAUAUUUGGCGCUUCAAAUCCCGGUGAAAGCAGAUGGAUCACAAAGGAAGAAAUGAAAUACGUCCAAUGUAACACUGGGCCCACAGACGCACACGAACAAAAGAAAAUGCCCGUCCCGUGGAAAGGUAUCUGGACGUCUUUACCCUUCUGGUCCAUUCUGCUCGCUCACAGUGGACAAAGUCUUGGUUUCUGGACGUUACUAACUGAGAUGCCCUCAUACAUGGACAAAGUUUUAGGAGUCGAUAUAAAAAGUAGCGGUUAUCUAUCAGCACUGCCAUACGUCGCGAUGUACAUACUCAGUUUUAUAUUCAGUUGGACCGCCGAUUUCCUCGUAAAUAGAAACCUUGCUACUCUUGCCACGACGAGGAAAAUCUUCAAUACUAUUGCUUUUUGGGGACCUGCUAUAUCUCUAUUGGGCCUGUCAUACAUUCCAACUGGUAAUAUACCUUUGGCUGUGGCAUUGCUUUGCGUCACAGUUGGACUCAAUGGUGCUCAUUACGUUGGUUUCUUGAUCUCACAUAUCGACUUGUCACCAAACUUUGCCAGCACUUUGAUGGGUAUCACUAACGGCUGUGGUAACAUCUUCUCUAUCAUGGCACCCUUGAGUGUAUCUGCUGUUGUUCAAGAUGAGACAAACGCUGCGGACUGGAGGAAAGUGUUCUUUAUAUCAGUCGCGUUUUAUUUCUUGAGUAACCUGUUCUUUAUUCUCUUCAUGUCUGGAAAAGUUCAGGAUUGGAACGAGCCCAAACCCAAAGCUACACUAGAGGAUGGAUUUAAGUCCGAUAAGAAAAGCAAUAAGAAGGAAACGACAGGAGAACACAAAUUUUGAGUGUCGAGGAUACAUCGUGCUGGGAACAUUAAGAAAAAACUAGUCAUCUUUUUUCAGCAUGCGUGCUUAG